AUGCCAGCUUCCAACAGCAGUGAGCCCGGGCUCCCGGCCGCCCUCCGCCUGACGGGGGUCCCAGGGCUGGAGUGGGCCCACCCCUGGAUCGCCCUCCCCUUCUGUGCUUUGUAUCUGGUGGCGCUGGCUGGGAACGCCGCCCUCGUCCUGGUCAUAGUGACGGACAGGGCCCUGCACGCCCCCAUGUACCUCUUCCUUUGCCUUCUCUCGCUCACCGACGUGGCUCUCAGCUCCACCACUGUGCCCAAGACGCUGGCCAUUCUGUGGCUGCAAGCGGGCGAGAUGUCCUCUGCUGGGUGCCUGGCCCAGAUGUUCUGUGUCCAUUCUAUCUACGCUCUCGAGUCCUCGGUGCUUCUCGCCAUGGCCUUUGACCGCUAUGUGGCUGUCUGCCACCCACUGAGAUACACGACCAUUCUCAACCACGCCGUCAUAGGCAGAAUUGGCCUUUUGGGGAUAUGCCGGAGUGUGGCCAUCGUCUCCCCUUUCAUCCUCUUGCUGAGGCGACUGCCAUACUGUGGUCACCGUGUCAUGGCACACACCUACUGUGAGCACAUGGGCAUUGCUCGACUGGCCUGUGCCGACAUCACUGUCAAUAUUGUCUAUGGGCUGACUGUGGCUCUUCUGGCCAUGGGUCUGGAUUCCAUCCUCAUUGCCGUCUCCUAUGGCUUCAUCCUCCGUGCUGUCUUCUGCCUUCCAUCCCGUGAUGCCCAGCACAAGGCUCUGAGUACCUGUGGCUCCCACCUGGGGGUCAUCGCGGCCUUCUACGUGCCUGCCUUCUUCUCCUUCCUCACCCAUCGCUUUGGCCAACACCGGGUCCCCAGGCAUGUGCACAUCCUUCUGGCUAAUCUCUAUGUGCUGGUCCCUCCUGUGCUCAACCCCAUCAUCUAUGGGGCCAGGACCACGGAGAUUCGGAGUCGACUUCCAAGAUUGCUUCACUUGGGGAAAAUUUUGGUAUGA